CACGUCACACCCCACUCAGAGAGAGAGAAGGAGAAGAGAAGAUAGAGAGAGGGAGAAUGUUGCAGUUUCCGACGUUGAUGAGCCAAUAUCCGUCAUCGACGAGAACGAUUCCGACGUCGUUUCUGUUGCCGCUGCAGUGGCCACAGCCGCAUAACGAGGAGAUUUUUCUCGCCAUGGAAGAAGCUGAGUUCGAAGAAAAGUGCAAUGAGAUCAGGAAGAUGAGCCCGAGCUUGCCGGUAAUAGGCAAACCAACCAUCGACAACAACCAAGAAGAGGACGAUAACGAUGCUGAGGACGAUGAAGCUGACAAUGCCGAGGAUUCUGACGCCGAAGAAUUCGAGCAGGAAACUGGUUAACAUUUAGCCCUUUUGUGUCCUGUCGUCCGAUUCUUAUUCUCCAUGGAUCAAAUUUGUGGUAUAAGACUUUGUAAGUUUGAAUUAGUUUUUAUUCAUUCAAGGGUUUUUAUUAGAAAGAAAACAAUAUCUAUGUGUGGUUUAUGAAUUAAUUAUGCAAAGGGAUGGAUGAAAUCAA